AUGUCCAUCCACGCCGUGAAGCGCGCCCAGUGUCACCUCGCCUGGGACAACAGCAUCCCCCCCGCUAUCCACAUCGAGUCCGGGGACACCGUCUCGUUCGACUGCCUCGACGCCUCCAACGGUCAGAUCACCCCCGCCGCGACUGUAGACGCCCUCGCGUCCCUCGUCUUCUCUCAGCUCGACCAAGUCAACGGCCCCGUGCACGUCGCCGGCGCACGCCCAGGCGACACCCUCCGCGUCGACGUCCUCUCCGUCGAGACGGCCGAGUGGGGCUGGACGGCCCUGAUCCCUGGUUUCGGGCUGCUCGCGGACGAGUUCCCGGCUGCCGCGCUCAAGCUGUGGACGCUGAACCGCACGGAGGGGCAGGCGGGUUACGGGUAUGCGUGGUUCGACGAGCAGAAGGGGAUCAGGGUGCCGCUGCGGCCGUUUGCGGGGGAGAUGGGGGUCGCGCCGGGGAUGGACGGGGCGCACUCGACGAUCCCGCCGUAUGCGACGGGCGGGAACGUUGAUACGCGGCAUCUGUCUGCGGGGUCGACGCUGUUCUUGCCUGUGGAGGUCGAUGGCGCGUUGUUCUCUAUCGGGGACGGGCAUGCGGCCCAGGGCGAUGGCGAGGUCUGUGGUACCGCUAUCGAAACCCCGAUGAAGGUCACCGUCCGCCUGACGGUCGUCAAGGACAAGCCGUAUGUUAAGACACCUCACUUCCACACGACCUCCCCGCAUGCGAGCACGGAGGAGUUCUACUGCACGACUGGCGUCGACUCCGACAUCCGCGAGGCGACUCGGUCGGCAGUGCGUCAUAUGAUCGCGUUCCUCGGAGCAGAGCACGGCCUCGCUCCCGCGGAUGCGUACAUGCUCUGCAGCGUCGCUGGAGACCUGCGCAUGCACGAAGUCGUCGAUAUGCCGAACUAUGUUAUCGGGAUGAUGAUGCCCAAAUCGUUGUUCACGAAGUAG